CUCAGUGAAUUCCCCUUUCAAACUUUUAACCAGGGUAGUGUUUUUGGGAUAACCUAAAGGAUUCCUUGUCACUUGCAUUUGUCCUAGUGCCAGCUAAUUUCCUACCAUUUGGAAACGGAGAAAUAGUGACGCCCCGAUUGGAGAAUGGAAGCUCUGAAGCCAUUACAUUGCAGCAGCCUUUCAAGUUUUUUGGACGCACACACAACCAGAUCUUCGUCAACAAUAAUGGCCAUCUGACGUUUACUGAGCCGCUGUCUGACUACAUUCCCCUUGUGAAUUAUGGAAUGGACAUCGUUGCUCCUCUCUGGACUCACCUUGACAAUCGACGUGGUGGAACUAUCUCCUGUAGAGAGGAUACAAGCAGUGCUGUACUGGCACAACUCACUGCAGCUAUUGACCGAUACCACCCUGACAUAACUUUUGUUGCUACAUCAGCAUUUGUGGCUACCUGGGAUAGUGUUCCAUACCAUGAUGGUGGAGGGGUGGUCACGUUCCAAGUGGUUUUAGUCUCCAAUGCCCAUCGCUCUUUCAUCCUCGUCAACUAUGGAGACAUUGCAGAGACAGAACAAAUGUGGCAGGCUGGUUACAGCACGUUGGACUCUGUCCAUUCUUUCACAAUUCCAGUGAGCAGCGCCCCAGAACUCUCAUCCAGCAGCAAUAUCAAUGUGAAUGGCCGCCUCUCGUUCCACGUGGAUGGCUCGCCCAACUUGCCAACAAAUUUCCUCGCUUCUGGGGAUGGAGACAUAGUGAACCCCCCCGCUGAGGAUGGAAGCUCCGAUGUCAUUUUCUUGCAGCAGCCUUUCAAAUACUUUGGGCGCACAUACAAUCAGAUCUUCGUAAACAACAACGGCUACCUAACGUUUACUGAGCCGCUGUCUGCCCACAACCCCUCUCUGGAUUCCUUGAGAGACAUCAUUGCUCCUCUUUGGACUCGUCUUGACAAUCGACGGGGUGGAACUAUCUCCUACAGAGAGGAUACAAGCAGUGCUGUACUGGCACAAGUCACUGCAGCUGUUAAGCAAUACUUCCUAACAUACCUUUUGCUGCUACAUCAGCAUUUGUGGCUACCUGGGACAGUGGUCACUUUCCAAGUGGUUUUAGCGUACAAUGUUCAUCGCUCUUUCAUCCUGAUCUAUUAUGGAGAUGUUUCAGAAACCACACAAACUUGGCAGGCUGGUUAUAACACAGUGGACUCUGGCAGUUCUUUUACAAUUCCAGCAGCACGUGUCCCUGAACUCUUAUCGAGCAGUAAUAUCAAUGUGACUUCUCGCUGGUCUUUCCAUGUUGAUGGGUCACCAAACCUGCCAGCUAAUUUCCUACCAUUUGGAAACGGAGAAAUAGUAACGCCCCGAUUGGAGAAUGGAAGCUCUGAAGCCAUUACAUUGCAGCAGCCUUUCAAGUUUUUUGGACGCACACACAACCAGAUCUUCGUCAACAAUAAUGGCCAUCUGACGUUUAGUGAGCCGCUGUCUAACUACAUUCCCCUUGUGAAUUAUGGAAUGGACAUCGUUGCUCCUCUCUGGACUCACCUUGACAAUCGACGUGGUGGAACUAUCUCCUGUAGAGAGGAUACAAGCAGUGCUGUACUGGCACAACUCACUGCAGCUAUUGACCGAUACCACCCUGACAUAACUUUUGUUGCUACAUCAGCAUUUGUGGCUACCUGGGAUAGUGUUCCAUACCAUGAUGGUGGAGGGGUGGUCACGUUCCAAGUGGUUUUAGUCUCCAAUGCCCAUCGCUCUUUCAUCCUCGUCAACUAUGGAGACAUUGCAGAGACAGAACAAAUGUGGCAGGCUGGUUACAGCACGUUGGACUCUGUCCAUUCUUUCACAAUUCCAGUGAGCAGCGCCCCAGAACUCUCAUCCAGCAGCAAUAUCAAUGUGAAUGGCCGCCUCUCGUUCCACGUGGAUGGCUCGCCCAACUUGCCAACAAAUUUCCUCGCUUCUGGGGAUGGAGACAUAGUGAACCCCCCCGCUGAGGAUGGAAGCUCCGAUGUCAUUUUCUUGCAGCAGCCUUUCAAAUACUUUGGGCGCACAUACAAUCAGAUCUUCGUAAACAACAACGGCUACCUAACGUUUACUGAGCCGCUGUCUGCCCACAACCCCUCUCUGGAUUCCUUGAGAGACAUCAUUGCUCCUCUUUGGACUCGUCUUGACAAUCGACGGGGUGGAACUAUCUCCUACAGAGAGGAUACAAGCAGUGCUGUACUGGCACAAGUCACUGCAGCUGUUAGGCAAUACUUCCCUAACAUACCUUUUGCUGCUACAUCAGCAUUUGUGGCUACCUGGGACAGUGUGCCGUACCAUAAUGGUGGAGGGGUGGUCACUUUCCAAGUGGUUUUAGCGUACAAUGUUCAUCGCUCUUUCAUCCUGAUCUAUUAUGGAGAUGUUUCAGAAACCACACAACCUUGGCAGGCUGGUUAUAACACAGUGGACUCUGGCAGUUCUUUUACAAUUCCAGCAGCACGUGUCCCUGAACUCUUAUCGAGCAGUAAUAUCAAUGUGACUUCUCGCUGGUCUUUCCAUGUUGAUGGGUCACCAAACCUGCCAGCUAAUUUCCUACCAUUUGGAAACGGAGAAAUAUUGACGCCCCGAUUGGAGAAUGGAAGCUCUGAAGCCAUUACAUUGCAGCAGCCUUUCAAGUUUUUUGGACGCACACACAACCAGACCUUUGUGAACAACAACGGCCUUCUGACGUUUACUGAGCCGCUGUCCAACUACAUCCCCCUUUUGAUUUCCGGAAGAGACAUCAUUGCUCCUCUUUGGACUCACCUUGACAAUCAACGAGGUGGGACAAUCUCCUACAGAGAGGACACAACCGGUGUUGUACUGGCACUAGUUACUGCAGCUGUUCAGCAAUACUUCGCCAUCCUUCCCCUUACAUUCACCGCUACAUCAGUGUUUGUGGCUACUUGGGACAGUGUGCCAUACUCCUCUGGUGAAGGAGUAGUUACUUUUCAAGUGGUCUUAAUCUCCUGUGUUGACCACUCCUUCAUUCUGUUUAACUAUGGCAACAUAACAGAAACAAGACAACGGUGGCUAGCUCAUUAUGACACAGUGGACUUUGCACACUCAUAUAAUUGUUCCUUAUCGACGGUCUCCGAAUUGUCAUCCAACAGCAAUGUCAACGUUAAAGGUCGCUGGGGUUUUCAUGUUUAUGAUGUUUGUGAUACAUUAGGCUGCACUGGGAAUGAGGUUUGCCGUUUUAGAGAUGGCUAUGGCUGUGGUUGCUUGGAAGUACAAAGACAAAAUCCGGAAACCUUUGAUGCCAUGGAGUUUUGUGCCAGCAGCACUGGCACCAUAUCUCUUUCCCGUUGCCAACUCUUUGAAGCUGGUUUUCCUCCUGAGAUCCUGCACCUAAAUGACCCCAGCUGCAAAGGAAUUUCUGAAAAUGGCAGAGUUCUGUUUCAUUUCGACAAUGAAGGUCACAUGUGUGGUACCACUUUAACGAGCAACAGCACUCACUUCAUCUACCAAAACGCCAUUCAUUCUAACUUGCCAAUGGGUGUUAUUACAAGAGAGAGAUGGAUAAACAUUGCGUUUUCUUGUGCGUACCCUCUGAUCCAGACCCUCUCUAUGCUAAAGGACAUCCAAGCUAAAGAAAGUGUGUUAAGCAUAGACCUUCCUGGCCAGGGCACAUACCAGAUCCGAAUGAUUCCUUACCGUGAUGCACAGUUUACCAGCCCAUAUGAGGGGGAUGUGGAAGUGCAGGUGAACCAGCAGAUCUAUGUGGCGGUUGAGGUGGAAGGAGUGGACAGAAGUCAGAUAGCAACAGUUCUGGACAACUGCUGGGCCACACCGGUUAAUGUUACUGAAUAUCAAAUUCGCUGGAAUUUGAUUAUUAGAGAAUGCCCCAACCCUGAGGAUGGUACAGUGGAGGUUCUACAGAAUGGUAUUGACACAAGAAGCCAUUUCUCCUUCAGGAUGUUCACCUUCAGAGGAGCUUCUGAUCAAAUCUUUUUGCACUGUCAGGUUCACCUCUGCCUGGUGCAGAAUGGCAGAUGUGCACAGUCAUGCAACCCUGGACAGAGACGCAGAAGGCGCAGAUCUUUGGAUUUCUAUCACUCUGCAGCGAUCACCAUGGGUUUAAAAAAGAGCUAGUCAACCUUGCUGGAUGAAAGAUGAAUGACAUCAGAAAGAUAAUUUUGUCAUUAUUUAUAAAGUGUUAUUUUCAAUAGUAAACUAUAUAGUUUAAUGGUGGGGCUUUUAUGACUGUAAACUGGACUAGAAA